AUGGAUGGUUGGGGGGGGGGGGAUUUUAAUGUCAUCCUAGAUGCUACAGAGAAAUUUGGUGGGUUUCCUGUUAAUUAUCUAGAAGUAGAAGACUUUGCACAUUGCUUAAGGAUUUGCCAGUCAGAGGAUCUUGGAUUUUCAGGAAGCACUUAUACCUGGUGGAAUGGAAGAGCUGAUGAAGAAUGUUUCUUAACUUCUAGAUCAAGGAAGACAGUUAUUUGGACACUGUCAGGGAAAAUUAGGAGGGGCAUUAUGAAGGUUGCCACAUUGGAAGAAGUGAUUAAAGUCCAUGAGGCAGAAUUUGAACAUCCUACAAAGGCGAAUAGAGUGAGGUUGCAGAAAGUACAAGCAGAUCUUAUCAGGGUUUAUGCAGUGGAGGAAAAGUUCUGGAAACAAAUGGCAGGGUUACAAUGGUUUAAAAACGGAGAUAGAAAUACAAAAUUCUUUCAUGCCUAUGUGAAUGGGAAAAGGAAGAGGUUACAAAUCAAGAAAAUUCAAGAUCAAAAUGGAGUGUGGCUGGAGCAGGAAGAAGAGAUAACUCAAGAAGCUAUUAGAUUCUAUUCUGAUCAAUUUUCUGAGGAGCAGAUACCUAUAAAUUUUGAGUUAUUGGAUCACAUACACCACCUCAUAACAACUUAG